AUGAAAAAUGAUUUUACAAAACCAAGUGAUGAUCUAAGUAAUUUAACUAAGAUUAUGCAUAAAAAAUUAGUGCAAAAUGAUGUAAAUAUCCGCUAUGAACUAUUAGAAGCAGAAAAGAAACUCCUUUCACAAAUAAAGCAAACAAGAGAACUAGAGAGGACACUACGGGACGUUAAAGAAAUCGUAGUGCAAGAUCGGAAUUACUUUCAGAAUAAAAUUUUGAACAACUGUUCGUCCAUAAUUCGCAAAAGAACAACAUUUUUUGGAAACUCUGGAAGUUUCACUUAUUCAGAUAUGGAACGUAAUUCUUUUACCACUGAACUGGAAGUCAUAAAAGACUCAACGAAUACCCAAUGGACUGGUUUGGAAAAAUAUGUAAAUGAAUUAAAAGAUAUUCAUUCAAAAGAGGCAAGCAAAAUCAAUUACAGUAAAAUUAUUAGUUAUUAG